UCUUCCACUAGUCUUACUCCCUUGCCCCUCCCCGCCCUCCUCCCUUGACCCCUUCUCCUUCUUUGGUUUUGAUGUUGCUCUGCUCCCUCGGUUGUUCGGCUUGGGUUCCUGCAUCCUGCCCUCCUCCUCUGCAACCCAUCCCCACCAUAGUCCCCUCAAACCCAUAGUAACUUUCCUGACACAAUCCAGGACACCCCUCGGUACCGGUAGGGUACCGGAAGCCGGCAUCAGAGCCAGCAAGCAGCCAAGAGCCAAGAGACAAGGGACAAGGAACGACCUCUAAAUAAGUUGUAAUUAAAGCUUAGUUGAAGCCAGUUAAUUAAUUACCUGCGGGUCAGGUGUCAGGUGGUUGGGUGGGUCAGCUGUUGGCCCCACAGAAUUAUCGAUCAACCCUUUUCAAGCCAUUCGCUUAGUAAAAUUUGCAUUGGGGACGCACCGGAUAGAUCAUUCUUCCCGAAGCGAGGGGAUUUGUAGCUGCAGAUGAGUACGGAGAACUUUACAGCAAAGUUUCGGCAGAGUAUCUCUUUUGACUGGGCCGCAGCCCGCGACGCCAUUGGCGAUCCAAUUCCUUCGUCCGACCUGUUGCCCGACAUGAAGCCAGCAACCCAUGAAACCAACGACAUGGCCUUUGCUCAUGGUCAAGGUCCACAAUUCAAGCUGCAAGGUGAGGAUGUGCUAGAGAUUGCUGGAGGACAAGGAAAGGAAUGGAUCUGGAUCAAUGGAGAACCAAAAGAAGACCUGGAAGAUGGCACAUGGUAUCUGUCUUCCAUUGAUGGAUUUGUGGUUCACUUUAGGGAACAUGGGGAUGAUCAAGAGGCCAUUAUUUACGUGGAUGGAUACAGUGAAAAACUUGUCUUCAAGAUCCACCAUGGCCGUGACCAUAUGGAUGUGGAAGGAAAGGGCAGCAAGAGCUACAAUGGCUCCACUGGAUUGCUGGGAUCUCAUGCUCUCAAUGGUCUUCGUGUCGGACGUGAUGGCAAGACUCUGAUUCAAGUUUUGAAUGAGUUUUCUCAGGAGUGGCAAGUUCUUCCUGGCGAAGCUCAACUUUUCCACAAUUAUGAUGCUACUACUAUUCUUCCUCAGUGA